AUGUAUAUUGUAUUAACUCGCGCACACAAUAGUGCACUGUCAGUCCGCAAUUUAGGAGUACAAUUAUUCCCAGGAAGAUUAAAUUAUUUUCUUGACGCAUAUCGACAAGCUACAAGCAGCAGUAAUUAUUCCUAUCUUUUUAUCGAUUUACACCCUUCAUCAGAUCCAACACUUAGAUUGAGAACAAAUAUAUUUCAAGAUAAAGAAUUAGAAGACCCAUACAAUUCAUUACCUAUUAUAUUUUUACCUAAAAAUUCAUCUAACUAA